AUGUUUUUUGGAAAUAAUAAGUUACAAAUCUCGAAUGAAAAUGAUAUUUUAUUUGAGUUUUCACCUAUUGAUGCAUUGAAAUAUGUUGAUGCUAGUAAAGAAGGUGGCGAAAAGGUUAAAGUUGCAUAUUCAGAUGAAUGGAGAAGGAAAAGUGCUAAUAAUAAUGAAGACAUUAAAGAUGUAAUAAAGCCAUAUGAUUGGACUUAUUCAACAUCAUAUUCUGGCACUUUAAUAAAUCCAACUGUUGAAAAGAAAUUUGAAAAAUCUGAUGAAAGAAUCAAUUAUGAAAAACUUCGAAUACCCGAGUCUAUUUUAUUUUAUGAUGAAGUGAUGUUAUUUGAGGAUGAAUUGGCUGACAAUGGAACUGCUAUAUUAAAUAUGAAAGUUCGUGUUAUGGAAUCGUGUUUUUUCAUAUUACAACGUUACUUUCUAAGAGUCGACGAUGUUUUAUUUAGAAUGAAUGAGACUAGAAUAUAUCAUGAAUUUGGUAACAAAUAUUUAAUAAGAGAAUAUUCAUCAAGAGAAGAAAAUUACAAUAAAAUACGUGAUAAGAUACCAAAGUAUAAAGGCAAUGACAUCUCUCAAUUAACAGAUCCAGAUUGGGUUUCUUCAAAGUUAUCACCAGCUACGGAUCCAAUAGUAGAAAAAUUGCUUCUUCCUAAAAAAGCUACUCUCUUCUCUUUUCACCAUGACAUUUCUUCAACGUUCGGCUUUUAUAGGAAUAAUAAUUUUUUAAGAACAUCAACAGCAGCAACUCGUAGUCCUUUUGUAUUUUAUGGCCGUAAUUAUGUUACCGAGACAAGUAGUAAUUCCGGCACAAUUCAAGCUGUAAUUGGUGCAGUUGUUGAUGUACAAUUCGAGGAAAAAAGUUUACCGCCAAUUUUAAAUUCGUUAGAAGUACAAAAGCCAGAUGGUAAUCGUCUUGUUCUUGAAGUGGCUCAACAUCUUGGACAAAAUGUUGUUAGAACAAUAGCUAUGGAUGGUACAGAAGGUCUUGUUCGUGGUCAAAAAGUUUUAGACACAGGUUCACCAAUUAAAAUCCCCGUGGGUCCUGAAUGUUUAGGACGCAUCAUCAAUGUUAUCGGAGAACCAAUCGAUGAACGUGGUCCAAUUAACACAAAAAAAACUGCUGCUAUUCAUGCAGACGCACCAGAAUUUGUUGAUCAAUCCACUGCUCCUGAAAUUCUUGAAACUGGUAUUAAGGUUGUGGAUUUGUUGGCUCCUUAUGCAAGAGGUGGCAAAAUUGGAUUGUUUGGUGGCGCUGGCGUAGGAAAAACUGUGUUGAUUCAGGAGUUGAUCAAUAACAUUGCAAAAGCUCAUGGUGGUUACUCGGUGUUUUGUGGUGUUGGCGAGAGAACGCGCGAGGGAAACGAUUUGUACCAUGAAAUGAUUCAAACCGGUGUGAUAAAACUUGAUGGUGAAUCAAAAGCUGCGCUUGUCUUCGGUCAAAUGAACGAACCACCAGGUGCUAGAGCUCGUGUUGCUUUAACUGGUGUCACUAUUGCUGAAUAUUUCCGUGAUGAUGAAGGUCAAGAUGUGCUACUUUUUGUUGAUAACAUUUUCCGAUUCACUCAAGCUGGUUCAGAAGUGUCUGCUUUGUUGGGUCGUAUUCCCUCUGCUGUAGGUUAUCAACCUACCUUAAGGUAUUUUUGA